AUGUUGAACACGUCGCCAAUUAACCUUGAUAAAUGGCUACAGGAGAAUAGCGAGCUCCUACAACCUCCUGUUAACAACUACUGUCUACAUCGCGGAGGGUUCACCGUGAUGAUUGUCGGUGGCCCAAACGAACGCACAGACUACCAUAUAAACCCAACUCCCGAGUGGUUCCACCAGAAGAAAGGUCAUAUGACAUUAAAAGUCGUUGAUGAAACUCUAGAAGGUGAAGAUCGCUUUAAGGAUGUGACUAUUAAUGAAGGAGACUCUUUUUUGUUGCCUGCAAAUGUCCCACAUAACCCUGUUAGGUACAGUGGCACAGUUGGCAUUGUUGUUGAACAAGAUAGACCCGCUGGCCAAGAUGAUCAUUUAAGAUGGUACUGCUCUAAUUGCAAGGAAAUAGUCUGUCAGUUCGAUUUUGAAAUGAAAGAUCUUGGAACCCAAGUUAAAGAGGGCAUUCUAAAGUUUGAAGAGAGCGAAGAACUAAGGACUUGCAAGGAGUGUGGGACGCUGAACUACUCGAAGCCACAAUAA